AUGGUUGUCUUCUCUCUUAUUUCACUCCUCUUUGCUACCUCCAAUGUGUUUGCUGCCCCCGGCAACACAGAACGCUCUUGCAAUAUUUCCAACGCUAAAUUGACCCUCCCAAGGAACCAAACUGCCCUCACCAACCCCUCGUUUCCUCCGGCUUUUAUCACCGUCGCGUUAGGUGUUCAAAAUUACACCUGUACGGACGCUGGAACAUUCACGAGCGUAGGAGCGGUCGCCGAACUAUUCGACAUCUCAUGUCUGUUCGGGACAAGCUCGUUCGACACUAUCCAGGACAGAUUCUUCACCAUUUGGAGUCAACUCCCCAAUAACGUGCCCGCUUCCUCCGUCGUCACACUCUUCGGUUUAGAUCGAACGCUCACAAAUGUCGGAGAGCAUUACUUCAUUACCAACCCCAUCACCGGCAGCGGUCUGAGCCCCAAGUGGGACUUCACAUCGCGAGGAGCUACCAGCGGAAAUCGCAACGCAUUCGUCGUUGGUGCACGUGCUGGUGGUCUCCCCGCUCCUACAGGUCCUCAAGACAUUGACUGGCUCCAGUUGACCAGAGUGCAAGGGAGCCUAGCGGACGAGGUCUUCAGGGUGGAUACUCGAGGAGGACAACCCCCCGCUUCGUGUACUCCCGGUUCGCCCCUUAUUACUGUCAAGUAUACGUCGAAAUAUUGGCUCUUUGGUGGAUCUAUCUGA